UCGUAAUAAGGAUCCAAACCCUAAAAGAUUUAUGGAUUCAGAGUUUUCGAAAUUGGAAUUUCUCACUCUCUCUAUCUCUCUUAGCCAGCUCUGAUCAUUUCGAUUUUUUUCCGGUGAAAAGGGAGGAGAAACAUGGUUGUACGUAUCAGACUGUCGAGAUUUGGAUGCAAAAAUCGGCCAUUUUUUAGGGUUAUGGCUGCUGAUAGCAGAUCUCCAAGAGACGGGAAGCAUCUUGAGGUCUUAGGUUACUUCAAUCCUUUGCCAGGCCAGGACGGUGGUAAGAGGAUGGGUCUCAAGUUCGAUCGAAUUAAGUACUGGUUAUCUGUUGGUGCUCAGCCAUCAGACCCGGUUCAACGUCUCCUAUUCAGAUCCGGUUUACUUCCUCCUCCUCCAAUGGUGGCUAUGGGACGUAAAGGUGGAGCACGAGACACACGCCCAGUUGAUCCGAUGACUGGUCGCUAUGUGGAUGCAGAGAAUAAAACAGUUAAUGCCAAUGAUAACCAGCCUAAGGAAGAGGAUACAGAAGCCAAGAGUGCAUGAUUCAUUAGCCUUCUGUCAUCGUAGCUUUUCAAGUUCACUUUGUUGUCGAUUAUAUUGUGUAAUGCAGCAUUAGACAACUGACUUGUUUCCUUUGUUUGGCGAUAAACGGCAAGGUGUUUGGCACUUUUUGCAGAAACGGCACAUAUUUUGCAUUGGGAUAUUUUAGAUUUUAAAAAAUGAAAAAGUAAAUAAAAAUGCCAGCGAGGGAAUU